AAGAAAACGACAGGAACAGAAAAAGAUUCUCCAAAGGAAAAUAUCCUUUCCCGUGUCGCAGACGACAGGAGUGCUGCAAAAUUAAUUGCAAUUCAAAUCGACCUUUGGUACCUACUAUAGUUGAUUGGAAAUUAUAAAGUCGCGAUAGAACAGAAAAAAUCACGAACAACAUGCCCUCCGUCCUGAUUGUCUGUACUUCCGCGGCCGAGUUCGGGCCGGAAAAGUCCCCGACGGUAUGAACUGCAAAAGUAUCUUAAUCGUAGGAGAAGAAAUACAAAUUAGCUCAGGAAGAGAAAUGGAAUUUCUCAUGCUGAUUUAGGUUGAAAAAGAAAUCUGUCUUGCAUGACUGCGAUUAGUACGAGUGCGAUACUUUUGCACAGUAUAGACGGGCGUCUGGAUUGAAGAACUCGCUUCUCCGUAUUACGCUUUCUUCUAUCAAAUGCAAAUAUGUCUCGGUCUGGAAGAGUCCGAACUUGUGAUGCUGCAUUUGGAUUCCAAAAAAAUUUGUAUUGCAUGAGCAGCAAAGGGAAUGCAAUUUUUGCUACGCGGAGAGGACAUUUGUCAUGCGGAAUAGGCAUCAAGAAGCCCUGAUAAUAUAUGUGAUGCUAGGGCAUGCAUCACAGACAUCAUGGCUAAUGCAAAACGUGCAUGACAAACUCCCCAAAUCUUCCAGACCCAGACAUAGUUGCAAUGCAUAUCUUAGACGCUGGGUUCAAUGUGACCGUCGCGAGUCUGGCGGGAGGCGAAAUCCCCGUCGACGCCGCUUCCCGCAGUGAGGGGUUUUACACGGAUGCGUAUCAAAGUGAAAAAAGCCUCCACCCCAUAGCGGAAACGGAAGAUGCGCGAAUUUGUGAUGCUGUAUUUGAGUACACAAAUCGACUUGUAUUGCUAGAAGGCCAAGAGACGAAGCUGCGGCCUAAAUUGCAGGUAAUCUGUCAUGCUGUUUCCCGCUUCCAGUUGCCUCCUGUCAUCCUGGAGCUGCAAGGCUGUCCCACGCUAGACAGCACUACAGUCCGCACCUUUUGCCUUCUAGCAUCACAAAGCUGACUUGUGACCACAAAUCUGCAUCACAGAUUUCCGUUUUGAUAUGGGGAGGGGGCAUUUUUCAUUGUAAUAAUGCGGCGAAGAAAUUUGAUGCGGACGAAACGGCGACGGGUGUGCUCAAGACUAGCAAGAACUUGGCGGACGUGGUAAUAUUGUAUGUUUGAAGUAGAGCUUGCGAUGCAGUUCUGCAUGAGAAGUAGAGAUAUGCGAAUGAUGCAUGUAGCUUGUACCCAUGACAAAUAAAGCACAGCAGUUUCUCAUGUAUGUAACGCAUGCCAAAAUAAAAUUUCUAUCAGGCCGGCGACGAAUUUGAUGCCGUGUACCUCCCCGGCGGGCAUGGUUGCUGCACGGAUUUUGUUAGGCAUUGCAAAAGCUGUGUUGCACGAGAAUGCCAACGAAGAAAUUGCGAUUUGUUUGAAGUAGAUGUAGCCCUGUCACUAUGAACACGACCCGAAGAAUAAAGAUCUGUCAUGCAGUAUUCCAAGAUAGAGUUUGCGCGUUUAAACUUGCGACGCUUUUGCUUUUGCUCACCAUAGCUCUUGCGCACGACGGUUUGAAGGCUUGCGUCGAGAAAAUGUACGCUUCGGGAAAGGUGGUUUCUGCUUGCUGCCACGGCCCGGUCGGACUCGCGCAGUGCUGCAAGCCAGACGGUACUUUUUUCGUUUCUCGCGGAGGCAGCUCUUCUUGCAAGGAAUGAUACUAAGCUUGUCUCCAAUCUAAAACAAAAACUAGCAUUAGUCCGUGCAGUUUUUCAUUACAUGUUUUUGCGCGAAUCCACCCCAACAUAUACCCCCCUUCAGGUACCCCCUUGGUGAAGGAUUUGAAAGUGUGCGCCUUCAUAUCCUGAGGAAAAACGUACCCACACCAGAGUUGUAGUGCAGAUUUGCCAAGACAGGAAGACUUGUAAUGCGCAUCCCCAUAAGAGCCAUUUCCAAUCGUGUUUUGGAAUUUGUGAUGCUGUGAACAGGAUGAGCCGAUGAAUCUGUGAUGCGGCUGCUCUUGCUAACCUGCACUACACUGCAGAGUGCAACUUCUCAUGCUUGACUCACAAAACUCCUAGGUUUGUCUUGCAAAAUCCCCAUCCUGACUCUGGUGUGGGUACGUUUUUACUCAGGAUACUUCAAGGACACCGAGGAAGCCGCUGUUGGGCACACGGAGAAGGUUGCGUGGCUGCUGGAGGCCAAGAUGAAAGAGCUCGUAUCAAAAGCAAAUAUGUCUGGGUCGGGAAGGUUGCAACUUGUGAUGCUGUUUUUCGAUUCUAGAAAAAUCUGUAGUAUUGCAUGACCAGCAAGAGGAGUCCAGUUCGUGCUGCGCAAAAAGGGCGUUUCUCAUGCGGGAUAGGCAUCAGAGAGCUAUCUAAAAAUCUGUAAUGCUAGGUCAUGCAUUCGCAUUGCAGGCAUCAUGUGUAAUGCAAUAUGUGCGUGACAAUCUAAAUCUUCCAGAUCCAGACCCAGACAUAUUUGCAUUUGAUAGCUCGGGUGCAAGUACGAAUCCGCUGACGAUUGGAACUCCGUAUCCUGUGCAAAAGUAUCGUACUCGUAUUGUAAUCAUGCAUUACAAAUCUUUUUCUUAAGGUUAAGGUAAAUUCGCAAAAAAAAAAUAGUAGCUGGAGAUUUCAACUUGCAUCGUUAUAGAAGCUUGUGUCUGUUCUGUGUUGCCUUAAAAGUUUGCAUCUGCGCCAUGCAUCUAUUGAAGAUAUGUUUUUUUGUUGCAGAUAGACGACCUUGACUAUGGGGCGUGGGCACGAAUUCUGGGAGAGUGAAGAUUUGCGUUGCAGAUAGAUGACCGUGGGGACGCUCUCGGAGAUCCGGGAUCCGGAGCCGGGUGGGCGAGCGACGCGGACAGGCCAACCAGGCCAACUUCUCAUCCACCCGGCCGGGUGGAUGGGAAGUUGGCCUGCAACUACUAUUUUUUUUUUGUUACCCCGCUCUUACAAAUUUUAUUUCUCAUGCUGAGAAAAUUGCAUUUAUACGAAUACGAUACUUUUGCAGUUCAUACUCCGCGGCGGUGUGCGAUGGGCAGUUAAUCACGGGGCAAAACCCGCAGUCCUCCGAGGCGGUGGCCAAGUUGAUCGUCGAGGCAUUGAAGAAGUAAAAGCUUUAUUGCAGACAAGACUUAGAAUUCUAUUUUUACUACGCGCACUGGUUGCAGCCGGCGCGGCCUCUUCGCAUGGUCAAGAUGUCCAUCGGUGCGGGUGCUAGCACUGCACCACAAAGAAAAAGAUCUUCAUCUUCCCUAGCUAAAAAUAGUGGUUUUAGUUUAUUACGUCUAGAUGAAUUUAUCGAGUUUUUGGCGAACGAAAGUUUUCGUUUCUAUCAGCUGAACAAGGACAAAUUUUUGGCAUCUUGCAGUGUCGGCUAGUAGAGAAGACCAACGAAGAUGCUUCGAACAUCAUUAUGUCUCUUCACAGUCUCACGACAGAAUCACGAAAUGAAGACUUGAUAAAUGUAAAUUUUCCGCGACAGGGCACGUUGAAUAUUAUGCCGCUACAGAUGAAUAGAAUCCAGGUUGUACAACUAGCCAUCUACAGGCGAAAGCAGGCGACAGGAUCGCUGUUGAGAAGUACUAACUAUCGCGAAAAACUUUUUCAAUGAGCGUCGAAAAAUCUUACGAAAAUAUUUUUGCUAGCGCGAGGAAGGAAUCAAAUUCUCAACAACAACUUUUUCAACAGUCAUGUAUCGCAGAAAU